UAAACCGCGACACGCUGAACAUGCACCGGUUCCCCCUCGAGAACGACCAGUCCUGCCUCCAGGGGCGGAAGCCGUGGCGUGGCUAGCCUAUCAACACUCCGGAGGCCGACAAAAUCUCUUCUUCAUUGGUGAGCGAUAGGGUCACGUCAUGUUCGCCGGGUCGGCGAAGGAAGAGGGCGCCAUGAUUGGUUGGCGCCGGGGCGGUGGAGGGGCCUGGCGAGUCUGGGUUUCAAGCUGGUGCUUGGACUUUCCCCUUCCAUGUUUCGAGACAGUGGGGCGCUGCAGAGGGUGGGGAGCCGGCUCUAAGGAAACCUGGAUUUGAUUCUAAGGGCCGUACUGUUUAGAAGGGGUGACCGGAAGUGAUAUUGGGACUGACCGGAAGCGAGGCCUGGAGGGGAAAGGAGAGUGGGUCCCGAGAGGGAGGGGGCUGCUCGUAGUAGUGGGCGGGGGAAAAGGUGCGAAAGCGGCGUGGGAGCGCCAGACUGACUGCCAGUCGGUGCUGUUGGCCUGUCUGGAAACCAGCGAGUGACCACCACGAGCUCAAAGAGUGCAGUCCAAGGAGUGGGAGUGCGGGAGUCGAGGGGUGCCCCUGGCCAGUCGGGAGUAGUUGAGCAAAGGGGGCCUCGCGCUCCAGAGAGCUGGUCGGGAGGGUUUCGGAAGCCGGGGCAGCUAAGAGCGAGGAGGAGUCAAGGGUUCGGGAGAUUAGUUGUGCGAGGAGUGCGUGUGGGGCUUGGGGGUGGCUGGUGGGCACUGCUUGGGAGAUCUUGGUUUGGAGUUCUCUACAGUCUUCCCCUGUUGGGUAGAAUCACGCUCCGCGCCUUUGUACAAGCAACGGUGUCUCCUGGGGCAAGGAAGGAGCCAGGAUGGCCUGGGCUCUGAAGCUGCCUCUGGCGGAUGAAGUGAUUGAAUCCGGGCUGGUGCAGGACUUUGAUGCUAGUCUUUCCGGGAUCGGCCAGGAACUGGGUGCUGGUGCCUAUAGCAUGAGUGAUGUCCUCGCGUUGCCCAUUUUUAAACAAGAAGAAUCCAGUUUGCCUCCUGAUAAUGAGAAUAAAAUCCUACCUUUUCAGUAUGUGCUUUGUGCUGCCACCUCGCCAGCAGUGAAGCUCCAUGAUGAAACACUGACGUAUCUCAAUCAAGGACAGUCUUAUGAAAUUCGAAUGCUAGACAAUAGGAAACUUGGAGAACUUCCAGAAAUUAAUGGCAAGUUGGUGAAGAGUAUAUUCCGUGUAGUGUUCCAUGACAGACGGCUACAAUACACUGAGCAUCAGCAGCUGGAGGGCUGGAGGUGGAACCGACCUGGAGAUAGAAUUCUUGACAUAGAUAUCCCAAUGUCUGUGGGUAUAAUCGAUCCUAGGGCUAACCCAACUCAGCUAAAUACAGUGGAGUUCCUAUGGGACCCUGCAAAGAGGACAUCUGUGUUUAUUCAGGUACAUUGUAUUAGCACAGAGUUCACUAUGAGGAAACAUGGUGGAGAAAAGGGAGUGCCAUUCCGAGUACAAAUUGACACCUUCAAGGAGAACGAGAAUGGGGAAUAUACUGAGCACUUACACUCAGCCAGCUGCCAGAUCAAAGUCUUCAAGCCCAAAGGUGCAGACAGAAAGCAAAAAACAGACAGGGAGAAAAUGGAGAAACGAACACCUCACGAAAAGGAGAAAUAUCAACCUUCCUAUGAGACAACUAUACUCACAGAGUGUUCGCCAUGGCCUGAGAUCACGUACGUCAAUAAUUCCCCAUCACCUGGCUUCAACAGUUCCCAUAGCAGUUUUUCUCUUGGGGAAGGAAAUGGUUCACCAAACCACCAGCCAGAGCCUCCCCCUCCAGUCACAGACAACCUUUUGCCAACAACCACACCUCAGGAAGCUCAGCAGUGGUUGCAUCGAAACCGUUUUUCUACAUUCACAAGACUUUUCACAAACUUCUCAGGGGCAGAUUUAUUGAAACUAACUAGAGAUGAUGUGAUCCAAAUCUGUGGCCCUGCAGAUGGAAUCAGACUUUUUAAUGCAUUAAAAGGCCGCAUGGUACGUCCAAGAUUGACCAUUUAUGUUUGUCAGGAAUCCUUGCAGUUGAGGGAGCAGCAGCAGCAACAACAGAAGCAUGAGGAUGGAGACUCAAAUGGUACUUUCUUCGUGUACCAUGCCAUCUAUCUAGAAGAACUGACAGCUGUUGAACUGACUGAAAAAAUUGCUCAGCUGUUCAGCAUUUCCCCUCAGCAGAUCGGCCAGAUCUACAAACAGGGGCCGACAGGAAUCCAUGUGCUCAUCAGUGAUGAGAUGAUACAAAACUUUCAGGAAGAAGCCUGUUUUAUUCUGGACACAAUGAAAGCAGAAGCCAAUGAUAGCUAUCAUAUCAUCCUGAAGUAGGAAUGAGGCAUUCCAUACUCAGUGGCUGAUGCUUCCUUCACCUCUUGGAAACUCCCCUCUCGCAGAGGGACAUGAGUGGGAAUCUGAAGGUCUGCAGGAACCCGACCUGUCUGACUGUGUGUCGGGGAGUCUGGGCCAUGGAGGCAGCCCUCUGUGUUGGUCCAAGCUCUUGUGGCACACACAGAUUACUGCUCAACAUGCAGUUCUGCAGCUAUUUCUUAGUUACAAUUUAUGGACCCUGUUGUUACUGAGUAUCAGAAACGCCACAUCGUUUAGAGUGUAUGUAUGGCAUAAUAAUGGUGGAAAUCGUGUGAUGUUUAACGGAGAGAUGUUAAAUUUGUGAUAUGGAGCCAUGUAAUUUUUUUCUAAUAUAAAAAUGAACAUCUAUAUUCCUAAGACUAGAUCCUCAGUCUUUUUUGCAUCAAACAUACAGGCAUCUCCUCUUUUUGCCACAGUUGGCUCCUGAAAACCUCAUCAAAGGAGAGACAUGCAGAGAUAGGAUUUUUCUUUUUGUUCCCUGGUAAUACUACUAGGAGCCCUGAUGGCACAGUGGUUGAAGUGCUUGGCUGCUAACUGAAAGGUUGGCGGUUCCAACUCAUUAGCUGCUCCUCAGGAGAAAGAUGGGGCAGUCUGCUUCUGUAAAGAUUACAACCUUGGAAAUCGUAAGGGUCAGGGCAGUUCUACUCUGUCCCAGUAGGUCACUGAAUCAGAAUCAACUCGACAGCAUUGGUUUGGGGAUUUGGGUAAUACUACUAAUAGUAGUACUUUUUGCCAACAGUAAUUGACACAUAACUAAUGCCAGGCAAUGUGAUACAGUCUUUAAAUAGCUUGUCUUGUUUAAUCACUUAAUAACCCUCUAUGAAGUAGACACUAUUGUGAUCCCUAACUGAAGAUGAAGAAACAGAGACACACAGUGGCUCAGUAACUUGCACCAUAACAGGCAGCUAGCAGGUAAAAAAAAAAAAAAAAAAUUUUUUUUUUUUUUUUUUCCAGUGACACUCAAAUCCAAACCCAGGCAAUCUGGUUCGUAACCACCAGACAGUACUGCCACCCUUUAUAGCCUGCGCUUGCCAUCAUGUAUUACUGUGGCUCUUCCGGUGAAUAGCACGUAAUGGUGCAUGAGAAGUGAAGAAUCAGCCACUGCAAGAGGCAACCCAUACCUAAGUAAUGAUGAAAAAAAUCAAGACUUCCAAAAAAAUGAAAACAUCGAUGCAGUUAUCAGAUUUGCAGGAUUCGAGGCAGUGAAAACUAGGGAUUGUCUGUAACUCCCAAAAUUCACUAUCCUUGAAUGACUUUCUCAGACUGUUUAUUGAGUUAGGCUAAUCUCUGCUCUCUGUUCCCUUCUCUGUGUCCUCUUCCUGUAGGGAGUUCUUUUACUCAUAUAGGACUCAUGUGUAAGCUUCCCAAGAAAUUCAUUCCCAUCUCAUUCACACUGUAUGUUUUUGUUCUUCCUUAAAAAUGGUUGUAUGCCUGUGUGUGUGUGCGUGUGUGUGUGUGUGUGUAAGACCAUGGGUCUUCUUUUUCACAUGUAACGUUUUAUCCAGAUUAUGUUGACGUGAAAAAAGAUAAUGUUCUAAGAUUCUGUAUUGGCUUUGAAGUUUUUUUUGUGUGUGUUUUUAAAGCAUUUGAUAAAGCUUAAAUGUUUUUAUACAGAGAUUUUUGUUCAUUAAAAUCAACCUGCAACAUGACCUAAUUCCUCUUGGUUUUAAACAAAUUGAAAACCUUGAAACCAGAAAAUUAAACAAGUCAAUGAUUAUUUAAAAAUGACUUGGGCAACUUGACAUAUUAGGCUGAAAUACUUUUUCAGUGAAUGAUUACUAGAUGUCCCCAUCUGGGGGGGACAUUUCCCAGUUGUAUUAUGUUCCUAGGACUGACUCAGUCCUAGGCUGACUUCCUAAAGAAGAAAGGUCUCCCCUCAGCAGGCUGCUAUUGUUUGUU